AAAAUCUAAAAUGGAGAAAAAACAGUGAUUGGCUAAAGUUCCCACCAAACCAAACACGCUCAUUACUUCCUUUAGAUUCCUCUCUCUACUUUUUUCAGUCUUCGAGAAUUCACUCCCCAAAAUUCUCCACACUCGUUACUCGUCAAUUUACGUCAAAUUCGAUUUUCUCAUUUAUUUCCAAUUUUACCCCUCUCCACCGCGGAGCGCCGGUGCCGCCACUUUCCACCGCACAGCACCAACAUCUAUGUAUUACUGCAAAAAAAUUCGGUUCCUAGGGUUUGUGAAUCCUCGCCGCCGGUUAAUUUGACUCGAAGAGAAUCGUAAAUCGAUGCUAGUAAUUGUCGUAAUUUUGCUAAUUUUCGGGGCUGUAGUGCGCCGCAAGUGGGGGAAUGAGGCGGCCAAGAGGGAGGAGAUUUUGAGGCUUGUGGCUGCGGCCUCCGAAGAAGAGGCGGAAAUUGCUAAGAUACAAGCAGUUGACGGCUAUGAUUUUCGUCCGGAGCCGCCGCCGCAGCAGCUUGAGAAGAAGUAUUAUUGUGCUGUUUGUUGUUGCCCAACUACUACUAGGUGUGCCCAGUGCAAAGCUGUCAGAUACUGUUCUGGCAAGUGUCAAAUAAUUCACUGGAGACAAGGUCACAAGGAUGAUUGUCUACCAGCAACUCUUUUGCAAGCUAGCCAGGAAAGUGAAUUUGUUGUGGAAACAGCAACGAAAAAUCAGUCUCAGAUCGAUUUUAACACUGAAGCAAAAUUUGGUUUUGAUCCCACUCAACAUCUUGGUGAUACUGGAUCUUCUAGUAGUUCAUCCCCUUGCUUUUCUUCUUCCAGUGGAAGUAGUGAGAUAUCAUUUGAUGCUUCAGCCACCAAGGUCCUUGAGUCGAAUACUCCAACCAGGCCAGAUAAAUUGGCUUCUGAUAGUGUUGAAUUGAAGAGGUCGCAUAGUAUCUCUGAUUCUGAUGAGCUGGAUAUACCAAGCCUAUCUCCGUUGAAUUCUACUGUUUCUGAAGUAAAUUAUACACCUCAGGCUAAUAAGAUAAAAAGGACAAAAGCUGCCAAACCUGAUGAAGGCUUUCAAACAACAAGCAUCAAAGAUAGAAGAACUUGCAGUGGAGCCGCUGUGUUGGAAGGGUUUGUCCCGCAUACAACUGAGUCAAAGAGUUUCCAAUCCAAUAGUUCUUUGAAGACAUCCUCUUCCAUGAAAGCACAGCCAUCUUCUAGUAGUAAAGUAACAAAAUCCAUGUACCGUAGAGGAUCAAGCAAUCAUCAAGUGCCUAUUGUUGAAUUCAGGACUUCAAAAUGCUCAAAAUCGUUGAGAACGUCGUCAUCAGAAGAUUAAUGGAAAAAUGAAGCACAUUUGUGCAAAGAAAAAGAAACACGACCAAUGUUGUCUAGGAGUUCAGAAAAUAAUAAGGUGUGUGCAAAAAUGGGAAGCACUCAAAAUUUGCUUUCAGAUAGUGAAGGUGUCCAAACGUUGUCACAACCUACCAGCAAUACUCUGAAAACAUCAGUACGGAAAAUUGUACAACAUUUUAAAGUACCAAAACAGUCAAAGUCCUACACAUUUGACACGGGGAAGGACUCUGCUUACAACCAUAAGAUGAUAUUUUCUCCCAAGCUUUUCAUACAACUGUAUUCUUGUACUGGUUUGGAACUUCACCCUGUUGGCCUCUUCAACUGUGGAAAUAGCUGUUAUGCGAAUGCAGUAUUGCAGUGUUUGGCUUUUACUCGGCCAGUUGCUUCUUAUCUUCUUCAAGGGCUGCAUUCUAAAACAUGUCGCAAGAGGGGUUGGUGCCUCAUCUGUGAGUUUGAACAUCUGAUUCGGAAGGGACAAGAAACGAACUCUCCUUUGUCUCCAGUUGGAAUACUGUCUCAGAUACAAAGGAUUGGAAGUCAUCUAAGUCAUGGAAGACAAGAAGAUGCACAUGACUUUUUGAGAAAUGUGGUAGAUACAAUGCAAUCUAUAUGGCUUGAAGAAGCAUGUGUUUCUGGCUCAAUAGCUGAAAAUUCAACCCUUCUGGGCCAGACCUUUGGCGGUUAUCUUAGAUCCAAGAUUAAGUGUAUGAAGUGUUCACGGAGAUCUGAACAGUGUGACAGAAUGAUGGAUCUUACUGUGGAGAUCGAUGGGGAUAUCAAUACUCUCGAAGGGGCUCUUGCGCAGUUCACCAUAUCUGAAACACUUGGUGGAGAUGACAAGUACAAGUGCAGCAGAUGCAAGUCCUAUGAGAAAGCUAAGAAGAAAUUGACUGUAAUUGAAGCUCCCAACAUUCUUACAAUUGUUUUGAAGCGAUUUCGGUCAGGCAACUCAGAAAAGCUGAGUAAGCCAAUUCAGUUUCCAGAAUUUCUGAACCUUGCUCCUUAUAUGAGUGGAAAGAGCGACAAAUACCCUAUAUAUAAUCUCUAUGCAGUGGUCGUUCACUCAAAUACGAUGAAUGCUGCUUACAGUGGUCAUUACAUAAGUUAUGUCAAAGAUUUUCGGGGAGAGUGGUUUAGAAUUGAUGACACCAGAGUAAGCCGUGUUGACCUGGCGACUGUUUUAUCUGUGGAAGCAUAUAUUCUCUUCUAUUCGAGGCAUACACCACGGGGUCCAUCUUUAUUGACAAACAUCGAUGUCUAUUCUGAUGGAGGAAAAACCAAGAGAAAUACAGAAGCCGUUUCCGCAAGUACCAUUCCUCAGAAGAAAAACUGGAAAUUCAAAUCAAGCUCGUCCGAUUGGUCAACAGAGUCGCCUCAUGAUUUGACCAACAACCAUAUAUUAGAUUAUGACAAAUGGGGAUUUCGCUACAAGAAAAAUCAUAUAUUGGAUUCAUCGAGUGACAAUUCUUCUAUUUUCAGUGCAUCUGAUGCUGGCUCGUAUAGUACAGAUAGCACAAAGGACUCGAGUGCAGAGGACUUAUCAGGAUAUAUAUUCGGGCCUAGAUUUUACGGCCCGUGAUUGUUUUUCUUGAACGGAAACACAUGAGAAGGAGAAAGGAGUUCCCCGUGUAUACUAUGACCGACUGCUACGCAGCAGAUAAUUACCUAGUUGUAUUUAUUUAGGUAUAUAAAAUUUGACAGGUAUAUUCACUAACCCGCCCUAGAACAAUGAGAGAAGCAACUCGAACAUUUUGUUUGCUGAGUUCGAGUUGUGUUUAAGUUAGAGGCUGUAAAUCCUUGGUCGAGUUAAUUGUAUUUUCAGGAACUGGUCAUAAUUGUUAUAUUUCUUCAAUCUAUGAAAGCAAUUGCAUUGAUUUCGAUA